AUGCUCUGGUCUCUGCCUCAUAAACUGGCCGGCAUUCCUUCUAAGAGUCCCUUCAAUCCGCCACUAAACCUAAAUCGACCGCAAGAUGUCGGUCUGGUGCAAUUGAAAGCUCCAAUCAAAGUGCACACAAAGACCCAAACUGAUAAAGUUACAAGAGUUAGUAUUGAUACUCAAACGCCUAUUAUCAAGUGGGCAGAGGCCAAAACACAAACUCAUCGGCGUAUUGCCGUUGACUCUCAUACUCAGACCUCCAAACCAUCACAAACCAACUUUCUGGCCCAAGUGUCACCGUCGGUAAUCAGUGUGCCUACUCAAACAGAUCCAUUACCCCAACCGCCACCACAAGCCAAUGUUUCAACGCAAACUGAAGAUCGCUUGAAGACAAACCAAGCGGUACAAACCACCUUUCUCGACUACAAACACCAGUUUCUCGAACAGAAGCGUCGGGCGGAUGCGUUGGAACGACAACUUGAAAAAGAGAAAAUGAAUCCUCAGUUUAAUCCUCCCAUGGCUGUUCCCAUGUGGGCUCAUUCACUAGCUCAGCCGAUGGCUCAACCCAUGGUCCAGCCAAUGGCUCAACCAUCGAUGAUGUUUCCUCAGUAUUAUCCCCAAUGGGCUGCUCCUCCUCCUCCUCAAUUUCUUGAUUGCACUACGAGACGGCAUCGAAAACGUCGCUCAUCAUCCUGUAGCUCUUGUGUUAGUGAAUCUCCACCCCGCUCUCGUCAACGCCAUCGCCACCGAAAACACCAAUCACCUCCCACUCCGCUCAUUCAUCAUGCUUCGCCUCCUCAUCAAAAUCCUCCUGUUCCUCUCGCCCCUCCAGCUCCUAGUACUGUAAUACCUGCUCCCGUCGAAAACACCACUUACUAUCAGGACUACUACACUCCCUAUCCCUUGGACGAAUUUGACGGAGACCCCCAGCUCCCACUCUCUCCUCUAGAACCGCUGCUAGUAGAGACCACCCUUGCCUCGCCUCCUCGUCGCAAACCGCUAUAUCCUCGCGAUGAGUUCUUACUCGUAUAG